AUGUCAACUCCAAUUGAGUUAUUAUACCAAUUUGAUCAAUUUUUAACUAAUAAACUAUCACAAUACUCAUUUACUAGUAAUUUAUUAAUUACUCCAACCUCAAAAUUUAUAACAGAAGUACUUAUAAUUAGUUUCUUUUUAUUAUUAAGUUAUGAAAUUGUAUAUUGGUCAGGUAUUUAUUUAAAUUUAUGGGAAUAUCAUGCAAAGGAUGUUUUUACUGAGAUUCCAAUUCAUUGUGCUCAUUUAUAUAUAAGAUUAAAUAUAAUAAACUCAAAUAUUAUCGACAAAUUGAUAGAUUAUUAUUCAAUUAAACAAAAAUCAAAAUUUAAUCCUUAUUACUGGAAUCAAUUAAAUUCAUUAGGUAAUGAUAUAUUUAAAUUAGAUAAAUUUCUAAAAUAUUACUUUGAAUUUAGUCCAGAAGAUUUUGAAAUGAAUAAACAACCUGAAUAUGGUUCAACUAUUGAACAUUUAAGAAAUAAGACACUAAAAUUAUUUAUUGAAUCUUCGGAAUUAUCUAAAAAAUAUGAAAAUGAAAAUGAAAAAUUAACAAUUGAUAAUGUAUUAAUAUUUAAUAAUAAAAAUGAAAUUGUGCCACUGAGUAAAAAUGAUGAAUAUUUAAGUAAAUGUAAUAUUGAAACUGGUAAUGUAAUUGAUAUAGUAAUGGUUAUAUAA